GCAGCUACAGUCUUGUGACUGAAGAUACAGAGAGGAUGUUGUGACUGCAAGAUGGGAGGAAGACCCAUGUCACUCGCGAUGGUACGCCUGCAUUCCUGAGUUGGUGGUGGUGUUUGUGGUGGUGAUUGUGGUUGUAAUAGUAACGUAUGUAGCUCCGCGAACAAUGCAGCUCAGGACUUACGAGGUGAAGGGAUGGCCCAUCCUCGUACUCCUGCUGAUUAUCAGGACAUCGACACAGGAUCCGGAACCGACAGAGGGCUUGGUGGACUUGCUGCGUGCUACGCGGAUCCACAGCCUGCCGCUGGGGGUGAACCGGACGACGGGGGUGUGCACGUCACGCCCGGGGUCUGACCCUGAUAUAGCGUACAGCAUCAGCGAGCAAACCAUCCUCACAGUUCAGACUGCGCAACUCUUCCCUUCAGGAUACCCACAGGACUUCUCCCUUUUGCUCGUGGUGAGGCCCACGAAAGGUGCGAGGCGAGCUGCAUUCUUCACCAUAUACAGCGACACCGGAGACGAGCAGAUUGCAGUGUCCCUGGGAGACGAUGUCACUUUGUUUUAUGAAGAUCCUGACACUAAACCUACCUCUAAGAAAACCAUCAGCUUUGGCGCUGAUAUCAGCGACGGCAAAUGGCACCGGCUUGGCUUCAGUAUAAAGGGGGAUGCUGCAACACUGAUUCUAGACUGCAAGAAGCAGAUUACGAGGGAACUGGUCCGGCAGACGACGUCGAAAAUCAGCACGACAGGGAUCGUUCUCAUUGGUCAACAGCUUUUGGAUGACAUCCUGUAUACGGGAGACGUGCAGCUGUUCAAGAUUGCGCCAACACCCGACGCUGCGUAUGAGAUCUGCGCUAUUUAUGCCCCGGACUGCGACAGCCCCAUCGGCGGCACGGAGGCGGUAGAUGACAACAGGGACGAGGAAGAGGAAGAUGAAGAUGAGGAAGAAGAAGAUGGUGAGGAAGAAACUGACGAAGACUUGUACCAGAUCAAUGGCACUUCUGAUCCCCUUGUGGUUACCCAUGGAUACCAACACAAUAUAACUUAUGAGGAAGGUUCGGGAGAAGAGUACACAGGCGGCCUUGGGAGCGAUUCGAGAUAUCGCUACAUCACAAUAAGGGGCCCUCCUGGUCCCAGGGGCUACAUGGGUCCUCCCGGUGCUCCUGGCCCUUCUGGUCCCAAAGGGCAAAUGGGUAGAGACGGUAUUGCUGGAAUCAAUGGUAUACCAGGACCACCAGGACAUGUGUUCAUGAUACCGCUAAACGCGCAAGGAAACGAGAAGGGGCCGGACCAACAGACCGAGAUGUUCAGACAGAUGCUUUCUCAGCACAUGUCGGCGAUGCGUGGCAGUGAGGGACCAAUGGGUCUAACUGGAAUACCAGGGCCUGAAGGUCCACCCGGCCCUGAAGGCCUCAAAGGAGAACCAGGUGACAUCGGAGAACCAGGUCCUCGUGGUUUGCGAGGAAUGAUGGGACUUCCGGGCCGAGAGGGACGCCGAGGUCGUCCCGGAAGGGACGGAGAAAGAGGUGUAACUGGACCACCAGGUGCAAAAGGAGAACAAGGAGUACAGGGACUGCCAGGUCUGCCAGGAGAAAAGGGAGACAGAGGUCUGACAGGAAGUUCAGGUGAACAAGGACUUCCAGGUCACGAUGGAAUGCAGGGCGAAGAAGGUCCACCGGGUUUACCAGGCUUACCGGGGGAACUGGGUCCGCGUGGUUUUCCCGGACCAAGGGGAUUUCCAGGCUUGCCUGGUCCACCAGGAAUUCCAGGCAGUGAGGGUCCUGUGGGAGCAAAGGGGAAUAAUGGACCGCCAGGACAACCUGGACAACCUGGUCAGGCUGGUCCUGUAGGUCCUGUAGGUCCCCCUGGACCUCAAGGUCAACUAGGUCCUCCUGGAUUAGCGGGUCCACAAGGGAAACCUGGAAUACCUGGACUUCCAGGAGCUGAUGGAGCGCCGGGACACCCUGGAAACUCUGGAAUGCCUGGUGCUAAAGGAGAUAUCGGAUCUCCUGGACCUCAAGGACCUGUAGGGUUCCCAGGAUCUCGAGGGGUCAAAGGAGACGAAGGGAAGAGAGGAAAUACAGGAGACAAAGGGGAUAAAGGUGACAGAGGUGCCGAUGGUGAGAAAGGGGACAUCGGAAUGAAAGGGGAGCGUGGACCUGGUGGACCCUUAGGCAUACCAGGUCUGGAAGGUCCAGAAGGGCCUAAGGGAUUUGAGGGACCACGAGGAGAGACUGGACCAUCAGGACAACCAGGUGAAAAGGGAAAGAUGGGCAUUCCGGGAUUUGCCGGCUAUCCGGGACCACCGGGAGAGAAAGGAGACAAGGGAUCGGAGGGUAAGAGCGGUCACCCCGGAGAAAAGGGAGACCGGGGGAAUCCAGGACUUCCAGGCGAACGAGGAGAGACAGGUCCUAGGGGGUUUCGCGGUUCCAGAGGCAGAAGAGGACUCGAGGGAAUCCCAGGACCUAAAGGUGAUACUGGACAACCAGGACCACCAGGACCGCAAGGUGAGACAGGACCUCAAGGUCCUGAGGGACCCCGAGGAUUUUCUGGACCACAAGGACCUCCAGGGACCAACGGAAAGGAUGGAGUACAAGGGCCGCCUGGAGAAAGAGGACCUCCGGGAGAACCAGGUCCAAUUGGGCCUGCAGGGGCGCCGGGGGUUGUUGGACCACCAGGCCCCACUGGUGAGCCUGGUCCUGUAGGUGAACCUGGAACUCCAGGUCAACCUGGUCAUCCAGGAGAGCCUGGACACCCAGGAGAGGCAGGUAAAGAGGGGCAGACGGGACCAGCAGGUCCACAAGGCAAACCAGGACCUCCUGGUGGACCGGGAUUACCAGGAUUUCCAGGAGAGAGAGGCCUGUCAGGACUUCCGGGCAUGCCAGGUCUGAAGGGCGACAUGGGUCCUAUUGGUCCUCUUGGGCCGCAUGGAGAUAAAGGACAACAGGGAGAACCCGGUAAAGAAGGACCUCCAGGGCCCGAGGGUAGGAAAGGUCCCCAAGGGCCACCAGGACCUGUUGGAGCUAAAGGAGAGAGGGGUGAGACUGGACUCCCGGGAGGGACGGGGCGUGACGGACUGCCUGGACAGCGAGGACUCCCAGGACCGCCAGGUCCAAUGGGAUCUCCAGGAGAGGAUGGAGACAAAGGCGACCCUGGACCUCCGGGAGAGAAAGGCUUCAAAGGUUCAAGAGGAGAAACGGGACCUCCCGGCCCUCCAGGACCUCAAGGUCCUAGAGGAGAGCCUGGUGCUCUUGGACCUCCCGGAGAAAAGGGUCCUCCUGGAGAGAUUGGGCGACAAGGAACGAAAGGAGAGGAUGGCCCUGCUGGAGUGGCGGGCCCUGCGGGACCAGCUGGCCCGCAGGGUAUACCAGGACCUCCUGGAAUGAAGGGCGAGAUGGGUGAUGUUGGAGCAAGGGGUCCUGAAGGUCCUGCUGGAGCGCCAGGUGAACCCGGGCCACGUGGAAGUAAGGGUGGAGAGGGAAUUCCAGGACCACCUGGUCCGGAAGGUCUACAAGGCCCGAAAGGAGACCCCGGAAAUCCUGGGCCACCGGGACCAACCGGCAUAGACGGAAAACAUGGUGAGCGAGGUCCCCCGGGCCCUAAGGGAGAAGAAGGUAAGCCUGGAGUCCAGGGACCUCCAGGUCCAAGAGGUUCCGUGGGUUCUGAAGGACCAAAGGGCAGCCCUGGCCCUCCAGGUUUCCCUGGAGCUGCAGGAGAACCCGGCUUAGUGGGACCCAAGGGAGAGCCUGGAAAAGAUGGCGCAGAUGGACGGCCAGGAGAUGCAGGCCCACCGGGUGAGGCUGGGCCUCCGGGGAAGAUGGGACCCGUUGGACCGCCGGGCAAAGUGGGUUCGGAAGGUCCAGCAGGACAGCAAGGGAGUACUGGCACUCCUGGAGAAAAAGGGGACAAAGGACCACCAGGACCUCCAGGAUUACAAGGACCGUUAGGACCUCAGGGGGUUCCAGGACCCCAGGGGUCACCGGGUCUGAGGGGAUCCCCUGGCCCUGCGGGCGAUGUUGGACCACCUGGUAAAGCUGGAAGCGAAGGCCUUCAUGGGAAAAUGGGAGAGCCAGGACCAAAAGGGCCCAAAGGGGACCGAGGUCGAAGAGGUCCUAAAGGUCACCGGGGAGAUAUGGGAACACCAGGACACAAGGGAGACACAGGAGAAAAGGGGGAGCGUGGCAUGAAGGGUCCCACAGGGCCCGAGGGUCCUAAAGGAGAGCCUGGUCCAAUAGGACCUCAGGGACAGAAGGGUAGCGAUGGUCCACCAGGAUUACCCGGCUUGGAAGGACCACCAGGACCGAAAGGUUCUGAGGGUGUGGCAGGGACAAAGGGAGAGCAAGGACCUGCAGGACCACCAGGCCCCCCAGGUCCACCAGGAGAAGCACCAAUGCUGCCCCCAGAACUUUUGUUUCAGCGCGAUGGGGGACGUAGAAAGCGGGCUCUCAAUGUAGAGAAGGAAGAAAUAACAGAGAAUGUUGCUGAAGAUGUGAAUAAGAAAAACAAAACUAAAAAAGGAGAUCAGAAAGAAGAUCUUGGAGGCAAGUUCCUGGAUAUGUACAGCUCCAUCUAUACAAUGCGGCAGGAUCUUGACAGGAUAAGGAAACCUGUCGGAACACGAGAACAUCCAGUCAGGAGUUGCAAAGACCUCUUCUAUGGACAUCCUCAAUUUAAAGAUGGUUGGUACUGGAUUGACCCUAACUUGGGAAUGUCAGAUGAUGCUGUGUUUGUUUAUUGUAAUAUCACGGGGAGUGGUGAAACCUGUGUAUUCCCUGACAUGCACUCCAGUCAUAUGCCCAACAUCCCUUGGAGAAAGGAAGGAGAGAAGAAUGACUGGUAUUCAAAUUUACGAGGAGGGUUUAGGAUAACAUAUGAAACAAUAGGUGUUGUACAGAUGACAUUCCUAAGGCUGCUGAGUCAAGAGGCAUAUCAAAAUUUCACAUAUACAUGUAUCAAUUCAGCUGCUUGGUUCAACCUGAAGACCAACAACCAUGACAUGGCUAUAAAGUUGCUGGGUGAGAAUGAGACUGAAUUCAGUGCAGAAGGAACAAGUCCAAGUGUUUUAGUUGAUGGAUGUAAGACACGGAAGAGCAAAAGUGAAACAGUUUUUGAAGUACGAACAAAGAUGCUUGGCAAUGUACCUAUAGUGGAUUUCUACCCAGUAGACUAUGGAUUACCACACCAAGCAUUUGGGUUUGAGGUUGGACCAGUGUGUUUCAAAUGACUGUCACUAUUAUAUGACCACAAACAGACGUUUGAAGUGACAGACUUGAAUGCCCAACCAGUAUCAAGAUGAUAAUAUGAACUCAGUAAAAUGAUACAGACUGUGUGGGUAAAUGAUCUGUUUACAGGCUGGUGUGUGAAUUCCAGUAUGUCCACCUAAAAUAGUCUGUUACUAUACAAUUCCAGUAAUGUGUCCUCAUAGUAUAUGCAGUCUAAAUAUAUUCUCUUUACAUCAGCAAGAUAUUUGGGCCAAAAAAAAACUUAUAUAGGCUUCAUUCAUACUGUGUGACAAUAAGUAUUUACAAACACUAUUACAUCUUUACCCCUAUUACUUAAUAGUUAAGCUAUUUUAGAAGUGUUAACACACUUAUUUAUGUGCAUUCCUCGGCAGGGAAAAGUGUUCAAUUGUUGGCAAAAUGUCUAGCUUAUAUUUUUAAGACUGGGUGGUCUACUUAACUGGAACCAAACUCAGAACUCAUUCACUGCCAUUUUAGAAACUUAUUUCAUAAGCAAUUUUGUUAUCAUGUAAGUAAUAUUAAUUUUAUUAGCAAUAUCACUGUCUCCCCUAACUAUCUUUAUUGUACAAAUUUUAUAAAUAAUUCUGUAUUAAAAUGAUUUUAACAUUUUUGAUAAAAGAAAUCACAUGUGUAUCACUGAUACAUUGUGUGAGAAUUGAGGCUCUCAUGGUGAUGAAUUUAAAGAUUACUGUCUUCUGGAAAAUAUCAUCACACACACUGGUGUUACAUCCCAGAAGACAGCAAUCUUAACCUACAUAUGGUCCUCCAGUUAUGGAAUAAUUUAGAAACCAGUCAUGAAAAGUUCCUUGUGUCCUGAGAUUAAGUAUUCACACAAAUGUAAUGCAAAUUUAAGUAACAAAAUUGGGUAAUCAUCUGAAGGUGAAAUGGCUGAACUGACACACCUCAGCCAAAUACAUGUAAAUGUCUGCUGGCAGAAGCUCAUGAGCUGAGGAAAUACUUCUGUACUAGAACUCGUAACAGAAACAUGGCUGUAUUAACAAUUCAUUUCAGGGUUACACAUUGGAAAAUAUCUUCAAUAUUAUCACUGUCUUUUUAAAACAUUGCAGUACUUUUAUAAGAAAAUGUUUGCAAAAAUGUAUACUAAUAUUUGCAAAAUAACUUGUAGAACUGCUGUGAAAUUUAAAUACAAUAAGCAUUCCACUUC